AUGGCGCAGCAAGGAUUUCAGUUUGACAGGAAAGCACUCAGCUGUUCGAUUUGUCUGGAUCUACUUAAGGAUCCGGUGACUAUUCCUUGUGGACACAACUACUGCAUGAACUGCAUUAAGAUCCACUGGGAUAGAGAAGAUUGGAAGCAUAUUUACAGCUGUCCUCAGUGCCGACAGACGUUCGGACCGAGGCCUGACCUGAAGAAAAACACCAUGUUUGCUGAGUUAGUGAAGGAAGUGCAGAAGAUGGGACUCCAGUCUGUUCCAGAGGAUAUCUACAUCACUGGACGUGGACACGUUUCGUGUGAUUUCUGCGUUGGAAGAAAAUUUAACGCUGUCAAGUCCUGUCUGCAGUGUCUGGUCUCUUACUGUGAGCAACACCUCCAGCCUCACUACCAAUCUCCCGCAUUUAAAAAUCACACGCUGGUCGAUCCGUCCAAGAAGCUUCAGGAGAAUAUCUGCUCUCGUCACAAUGAGGUGAAGAAGAUCUUCUGCCGCACUGAUCAGCAGUGUAUCUGUUAUCUGUGCUCCUUGGAUGAACAUAAAGGCCACGACACAGUUUCAGCUACAACAGAAAGAACUGAGAAGCAGAAAGAGCUGAAGCCAAGUGUUAAAAAAAUCCGCCAGAGGAUCCAGGACAGACAGACAGAUGUAAAAUUGCUUCAGCAGGAGGUGGAGGCCAUCAAGCAGUCUGCUGAUACAACGAGGGACACUGACAAGAUCUUCAGAGAUCUCAUUGAGCUUAUUGAGAGAAAAAGCUUGGACGUGAAGAAGAAGAUCAGAUCUCAGCAGGAAACUGAA